AUGAACGAACUCGGCCUGAUUCAGUGGAGGCGCCGCCAGGCUGAUGAACUCGUGUUGAAUGAUGUCGACACCAUUGCGCACGAUGCUCUCAAAGGUGUGUCCGCAAAUGAGAAGAGGGCGGGUCCAGUCGAACCAUCCCUGGAACUCCUUUGCUUCAAGUUCUGGCGAAUCUGCUAUGCGGAGGCUGCAAAGCCUAAUGAAGUCAUGGAAGAAGUCUUCGCUAGGCAUGGCGUACUGCAGAUAGCGAUUCUUGCGAUCCAGGACUAG